UUUUCGACGUUUCCCACUCUGUAUGUCUUCUUCUCCUCUCACCACCUAACAAGUUGAGUCGGCGCCUUCUCUCUCUUCUUCCCCCAAUAUCUCCUCCCUUUCCACCGAACCCUAAUCCCUAAUUCUGCAGCUCAAGAUCGUCCAAUCGAGCCAUCUGAUCGGAGAAACGCCCCCUCGAGCUCGAUCUCAUCCACGAUCUGCACCCCCAGAAGCUCCGUCUCGCCAUGGAAACCGCCGCUUCUGAGUUCUUCUGAUGUAUAUCAUGGUCCAACAAUCAGGCUCCUCCUCCACUUGCAUGGGCUGUAACGCCGCCGCCGUACGAUGCCCGAGCUUCGCAGACGUGCUCGCAGAGGCCGUCCUCGGCUAGAAGUCAAGCUGCCGGAGCCGCCGCAGCCGCCUGUCGGAGGGUACGUGAAGACGCGCGCCGCAGUUGCUAGAGAGAGGGCGAGGCAGGGCCGGGGGAAGACCGGGUUGGGAGAAGCCAAGAAGAGUCUUAGGCAGAGGAAGGUCAAUAAGCGAGUGCAGGUCGUUGAAGAGGAGGCUGCUGAAGAGAAGUGCCAGCAGGAGGAGGAGGGGGAGGAGGAGUUUGAGAGUGAGGAUAAGGGCGCAAUGGGUGACGAUAGCGGUGGGCUGAGCGCUAACAAGGCCGGGGGACAGGAAGAAGAAGGAAAUACUGCGCCUUUCCCUGAACGGGUCCAAGUCGGAGGAUCACCUCUUUACAAAGUGGAGCGGAAGUUGGGAAAAGGUGGAUUUGGUCAGGUGUUCGUUGGGCGGCGUGCCAAUGGGGGUAACGAGCGAGCUACAGGUGCUGGGGCUUUGGAGGUUGCCCUUAAGUUUGAGCACAGGAAUAGCAAAGGCUGCAAUUACGGUCCUCCGUAUGAGUGGCAAGUCUACACUGCUCUUGGUGGUAGUCAUGGAGUUCCAAAAGUGCACUACAAAGGCAGGCAGGGAGACUAUUAUGUGAUGGUAAUGGACAUGCUAGGACCCAGCUUAUGGGAUGUAUGGAAUACAUCAGGUCAAGCGAUGUCCUCGGAAAUGGUAGCCUGCAUUGCAGUCGAGGCCUUAUCAAUUUUGGAGAGGAUGCACGCUAGAGGAUAUGUGCAUGGGGACGUGAAACCCGAGAACUUUUUGCUUGGACAGCCAUCUACCGCACAAGAAAAGAAGCUCUUUCUAGUUGAUCUUGGAUUAGCGACUAAGUGGAGAGAUGGAGCCAGUGGGCAUCAUGUUGAGUAUGAUCAACACCCUGAUAUGUUUAGAGGGACUGUACGUUAUGCUAGUGUUCAUGCUCACCUAGGACGAACUGCUAGUAGAAGAGAUGAUCUUGAAUCUCUUGCAUAUACAUUGAUAUUCCUUCAUCGAGGAAGGCUACCCUGGCAAGGCUAUCAGGGGGACAACAAGUCAUUCCUUGUUUGCAAAAAGAAGAUGGCAACUUCUCCUGAAAUGCUCUGUUGUUUCUGCCCAUCACCUCUCAAACAGUUUCUUGAGAUUGUGGUGAAUAUGAAAUUUGAUGAAGAGCCCAAUUACUCGAAGUUAAUUUCUUUGUUUGAUAGUUUAAUCGGUCCCAAUCCGGCUGUACGGCCAAUAAACACUGAUGGUGCUCAGAAGGUUGGACAAAAGCGUGGAAGGUUGAAUGUUGAAGAAGAUGAUGAUGGCCAGCCAAAGAAGAAAGUUCGUUUGGGUGUUCCUGCUACACAAUGGAUCUCAAUUUAUAAUGCAAGAUUACCAAUGAAGCAAAGCAGGUAUCACUAUAACGUUGCAGAUGCUAGGUUGCCUCAACACGUAGAGAGAGGAAUGGCAGAUGGUCUCCUAAUAAGCUGCGUAGCAUCUUGUUCCAAUCUUUGGGCACUUAUCAUGGAUGCUGGCACUGGUUUCUCUAACCAAGUUUAUGAGCUUUCACCUAUCUUCUUUCACAAGGAAUGGAUUAUGGAACAUUGGGAAAAGAACUAUUAUAUUAGUUCUGUAGCUGGUGCAACUAAUGGAAGCUCCCUUGUUGUAAUGUCUAAAGGUACUCAAUACACUCAACAGUCUUACAAAGUAAGCGAAUCUUUUCCAUUCAAAUGGAUAAACAAGAAAUGGAAAGAAGGAUUUCAUGUUACCUCCAUGGCAACUGCUGGGACCCGAUGGGGUGUGGUCAUGUCUCGGAAUGCUGGAUUUAGUGACCAGGUUGUGGAGCUUGAUUUUCUUUACCCGAGCGAGGGAAUCCACAGGAGAUGGGACAAUGGGUAUCGUAUAACUGCCACAGCUGCGACUUGGGAUCAAGCCGCCCUUAUUCUGAGCAUUCCUAGGCGCAGACCUGGUGAUGAAACUCAGGAAACUCUGCGCACUUCCCAAUUUCCGAGCACACAUGUUAAGGAAAAAUGGGCAAAGAAUCUCUAUCUUUCUUGUUUGUGCUAUGGACGGACAGUGGCCUGAUCCAACUGUAUUGCUGCUUUUGCAACGAGGAAAGAUCGGUAGGGUUCUAAAUUAGGUUGUAUUCGAAAAUGUUUUCCUGUUUUUUUUUUUUUCGAAUUGUAAAAUCGAUUUGUACGAGCCUUCGGGCCUGCCUGUAGAGAGGGUUUUGUUGUUUGUAUACACAUCUAAAAUGCAGAAGCCGUAUCUAUUUAUCCUGUGAUACUCGUGAUUUAAUCCCUUCUCUUGAACACAACA